GAGAACCUGCGUGUGGCGGUGGGCGCGGACCGUGCUGGGGGUGGCGUGGUGAGGCCAGGGUUCAGGGCCCGGGUCCACAUCGAGCUCCAGUUCCACCUCCGCUAGCUGAAGCCACGAGGGGCGUGGUUAGGCCGGCGCCCAGACAGAGAGCCCUCCCCAAGCCGCGGCGCCUCGCAGUGAAGUUGAGCGAAAAGUUUGAGGCCAGAGGCAGCGAGACCCGGGAGUCUGUGCCAGCCCGGCGCUUCAGUUGUCACUCAGAUGCCGGGCUGAGCCUGGAACGAGCCUCGUUCCGCCCCAGGCCACUAUAGGGAACGGCGUUUUCGCCUUGCCAGCAAACCAGACCGACUGGGUAGGGCCGCCCGCCCUGCCCUCCCGUGGCUGGUGGCUCCUGGGCGGCCCGCCCUCGCGGGGCCCUGGGGAACUGGGCCACGCACCGCGAGGUCCUGUGCCCACUUGCACUCGGGCAGGGCAGGAGGCAACUGUUGGCUCUGCUCCGGCUCGGCUCUCGCGCUACGAACGCUGCUCCCACCAACGCAGCGAGCGUCCAGGCGGAGCAGGGCUCUUAGAGGUGUGCCACGGCCCCAGCUUCUCUGAAACUCAGGGCAGGGGACGCGAGGACCGGGCUGUCUGGGACUGGGAUCUUCGCUCCAUACUUUGUGCCUCGCGAUGUCCGCUCAAGUUCUGGGAUUUUUGCGCAACUGGACUCCCCUCUCCCUGGCAGCCCGACAGGAUCUGGCCGCUGCAGGGAAUGACGCGGUUACCCCCACAGCCCCGGCUCCGGGCGGGGAGGGCGAGCCCCACAGCCAACCUCGCGACGCCCUCCUGGGCAGCACCGAUAAGGAGCUGAAAGCACGAGCCGCGGUCACCGAGGGCAGCGCCGCAACAACGCUGGGGACCCCCUGGCAGCGGGAGCCGCGGGUCGAGGCUAUGGAUCUAGCGAGUGGCCCCCGGAACCUGCUCCCCCGGCCUUGCCGUGUGUUGGUGCUGCUGAACCCGCGCGGCGGCAAGGGCAAGGCCCUGCAGCUCUUCCAGAGCCUCGUGCAGCCCCUUCUUGCCGAGGCCGAAGUCUCCUUCACUCUGAUGCUCACUGAAAGGAGGAACCACGCACGGGAACUGGUGCGGGCGGAGGAGCUGGGCCGCUGGGAUGCUCUGGUGGUCAUGUCUGGGGAUGGGCUGAUGCAUGAGGUGGUGAAUGGACUCAUGGAGCGCCCAGACUGGGAGACAGCCAUCCAGAAACCCUUGUGUAGCCUCCCAGCAGGCUCUGGCAACGCUCUGGCAGCUUCCUUGAACCACUACGCUGGCUAUGAGCAGGUGACUAAUGAGGACCUCCUGACCAACUGCACGCAGCUGCUGUGCCAACGGCUCCUGUCACCUAUGAACCUGCUGUCUUUGCACACCGCCUCGGGGCUGCGCCUCUUCUCUGUGCUCAGCCUGGCCUGGGGCUUCAUUGCUGAUGUGGACCUGGAAAGUGAGAAGUAUCGGCGCUUGGGGGAGAUGCGCUUCACUCUGGGGACCUUCCUGCGCCUGGCAGCCCUGCGCACCUACCGGGGGCAACUGGCCUAUCUCCCCGCAGGAAGUGCUGUUUCUAAGAUGCCCACCUCCCCUGCUCUAAUGCAGCAGGGCCCUGUGGACGCACACCUUGUUCCCCUGGAGGAGCCAGUGCCCUCUCACUGGACCGUGGUGCCCCAUCAGGACUUUGUACUGGUGCUGGCGCUGCUGCACACCCAUCUGGGCAGUGAGAUGUUUGCUGCACCCAUGGGCCGCUGUGCAGCUGGUGUCAUGCAUCUGUUCUACGUGAGGGCAGGGGUGUCCAGGACCAUGCUGCUGCGCCUCUUUCUGGCCAUGGAGAAGGGCAAGCACAUGGAGUAUGACUGUCCCUACUUGGUGCAUGUGCCUGUGGUUGCCUUCCGCCUGGAGCCUAAGGAUGGGAGGGGUGUGUUUGCUGUGGAUGGGGAGUUGAUGGUCAGUGAGGCUGUGCAGGGCCAAGUGCACCCAGACUACUUCUGGAUGGUCAGUGGUGGCUGCAGGGGUCCCCCACCCAGCCAGGAACCCCAGCAGAUGCCACCACCAGAAGAGCCUUUAUGACCCCCCAUGGGCUUGCUGUGCCUUUGUCUGCUGCGUGUAGGCUGAGCUUGGCACCCUGUCCUUCCCCCAGGACAGGGGACCUCUCCACAGCUUCUGGGGGUGAUGGGGCCUCCUCUGGAAAAGGGUAGGAAGGUGGUAGUGGCUAUGCUUUGGGAAGUUCAGGCUCUACCCACCACAGGUCAGAACAAGGCCAUAGGCAGGAGCCCUGCUGGCUGGGCCAGUUGUCUGUGGAAGGUAUUUCUGUUUAUUCUGGAAGCCUUGUCCCAUGAAUCAAAUUCAAAUAAAAGUGACAUUCUUA